AUGUCGCUUAUAAAAGUACCCAUAAAUGACAAUGGAAACAAACAACCAGGGUAUAAACCUUUAGAAAAGGAGGAUCAAUAAUUUACAAAAAGACAAUACAAAAUGAUAUCGAAGGAAAAAAAGAAAUAGUUGAUUCAAACUGUUCUUUAGUAGAAAUGCAAAAUUAAAAGAAUUGCCAAGGAUCUUAAGAUCAAUUAUGCUACUGCUAAAACUAUCCUGCAUAAUUACAGAAAAAAAAAAAUUUAAUUUGAACAAAAUGAACAGUUUAAACAAGCAUCCUACUCAAAUGUUACAAAAUUCUCUAAAUUGAAUCUCAAAAUCAUACUUAAUGAUAAAGUUUUAAAAGAAUAAGAAUACAUAAUCACUACACUUUGA